UGUGUAUGACAAUAUGGCGGAAGGAGAGGAGCCGGAGAAGAAAAGAAGGAGAAUAGAGGAGCUGAAUGAGAAUAUGGUUGUGGAAGGAGGGAGUGGGGAUUGCAGUGACUGGCAAGGAAGAUGGGACCAUGUCAAAAAGUUCUUGGAAAGAGCUGGACCAUUCACUCAUCCAGAUUUUGAACCCAGUACUGAGUCUCUCCAGUUUUUAUUGGACACAUGCAAAAUUCUGGUUAUUGGAGCUGGUGGACUUGGAUGUGAACUGCUGAAAGAUCUGGCCUUGUCAGGUUUUCGACACAUUGAUGUGGUGGACAUGGACAUUAUUGAUGUUUCCAAUCUCAACAGACAGUUCCUCUUCAGACCUAAAGAUGUGGGGCGAUCAAAAGCAGAGGUUGCAGCAGACUUCAUAAGAAGCAGAAUAACAGGAUGCAAUGUUGUUCCACAUUUUAAGAAAAUCCAGGACUUGGAUGAGACAUUUUACAGGCAAUUUCAUAUAGUAGUGUGUGGCCUGGAUUCUAUUGUUGCAAGAAGAUGGAUGAACGGUAUGCUGCUGUCACUGCUGAUAUAUGAAGAUGGUGUCCUGGACCCCAGCUCUAUUAUUCCUCUUAUAGAUGGAGGCACAGAGGGCUUUAAGGGCAAUGCUCGAGUCAUUCUUCCAGGCAUGACCGCUUGCAUUGACUGCACCCUGGAGCUCUACCCCCCACAGAUAAACUUCCCAAUGUGUACUAUCGCAUCUAUGCCACGAUUACCUGAACAUUGUGUUGAAUAUGUCCGCAUGCUGCUUUGGCCCAAAGACAAGCCUUUUGGAGAUGAUGUGGCCCUAGAUGGGGAUGACCCUAAGCACAUUCAUUGGGUGUACCAGAAAUCUUUGGAGAGAGCAGCAGAGUUCAACAUCAAAGGGGUGACUUACAGACUCACCCAGGGAGUUGUAAAGAGAAUAAUUCCUGCUGUAGCUUCUACAAAUGCUGUUAUUGCUGCUGCUUGUGCCACAGAGGUUUUCAAAAUUGCCUCAAGUGCCUACGUCCCUUUGAACAACUACCUGGUGUUCAAUGAUGUGGAUGGACUGUAUACGUACACCUUUGAGGCUGAGAGAAAGGAGAACUGUUCUGCCUGCAGUCAGGUGCCACAGGACCUGCCGUUCCCUCCCUCAGCUAAACUUCAAGACGUUCUGGACUACUUGACUGAGAGUGCUUCUCUUCAAAUGAAAUCACCUUCCAUCACUUCAACUGUGGAUGGAAAAAACAAAACUCUUUACCUACAGACUGUAGCGUCUAUUGAAGAGAGAACACGUCUAAAUCUGAGCAAAACACUGAAAGAGCUUGGACUAGUGGAUGGCCAAGAGCUGGCAGUGGCUGAUGUCACCACUCCUCAGACCGUUCUCUUCAAGCUCAUCUUUAUCUCAUAGAACAAAUGCUUCAUUCUCAUGGACAGUUUUAAGCAGUUAUUGGAGUAGUCAUCAAAAUGUAGCAGCCUUGGAAAUGUAGUCUGUAAAUGCCAUCUUGCAGUGCAUCAUCACAUGUACAUGCUCAUCUGAAAUAGUUGUGGUUGUCCAUCAAUGAAAGACACUUAGAGGGGGCUGCAUUUUAAUUGUUUUACACUGCUUUGGUCUUCACACAGGAGGCAUUUUUUUGGGGUUUGAUAUCCUUUUAUAUGUAAACUGUUUGUGUAUUUAUUUUGUUAUUGUUCUGUAUUAAUACUAUUUGACUGUCUUGUUUAAUGUCUUGUAGAAAAAGAAUCAUUCGUGUUUAAAUUAAAAAGGGGAUACCUUAUUUUAAACGAGUAUUAGCGUCAUUGUACAGUAAUUUGCCCAAGAAUUUAAAAUGCCACCUCAGUUACUUGGUUUCUGAGUAUUUUUAGUCAGUGAGAUACCUUUAAUUGUAAUUGUUAAUCUAAUUUAGUCAUUAACCUGUAUGCAAUGGUUCAUGGACAGUAUUACAGGUUUGAGUCUGGAUUAUGACGAGUUGGUGCUGCGUGUAAAGGAAACCAUUGUCACAGUGUUGGGGAAGUUGCUCAGAAACCCACUAUAGAUUGAUAACUGUAUAUUUUUUGUUGGGGGAUAAUAUAGUAUAAAGUUAAGAGGUUAGGUUGUACUACAGUAUUCAGUGUACUGUACUGUUAUAUGCCACUGCCAUCAUGUUUCACCUCAAUUAAAAGGUUUUACUUUUAAAGAAACGAAUUGUAGUUUUGAAGCGAAUGUAUAAAAUCAUGUAUGGCAAGCCGUUUUAUUUUUUAUAAUU